AUAAACGAUCUAUAAAAGAUCUUCAAUUAGUUGGAUUGAAGGAGCAACAUUUACAUUCAGUUCAGGAUUAUGUUAAUGCAUUAAAACUCAUUCUAUCUAUAAAUGACAAAGCAAAGCAUUUGGAUAUCGAAGGAUUAUCUUGUGAAAUUAAAGCAUUUCUACCUAUUUUAAAAAUUUAUCAGCUUGUGACCCUGAGAAAAGAGGUAGACUUACGGUGUUUACCAACAGGAUAUAACACAUCGUAUCCACCACAACCUGGAUUAUGUAAUAAAUGUAAACUUCCAUUUAUUGAUGACAAUGGUAUAGUGUUUAUCUGUGGUUAUGCCUACCAUUUAACUUGUUAUCACAGAAGAUGUAUCUAUUGUGAGAAGUUCUAUAAAAAAGGAGUGGAUCUUGUUGAUGAUGAUAAUAUGGAGAUGGAGACAAAAGGAAGAGAUGAUGAAAAUUCUGGAAAAAUAGAUAAAACACCAGAUAUUUUAUCUAAACUUACAAUAGAAAUUAACCAAAUAGAAAAUUG